AUACAAACACAGUGUUAUUUUUACCUUUUCUUUUUUUCUCCAUCAUCCUCCUAAUCUCUCUCAUCCUCCUUUUGAGCCAACCCUAGAUCUCUGUAUUUUCCCCAAUUUUUUCCCCCUUCAAUUUUCUCUCUCUUCUUCUUCUUCUUCUUCUUCUUCAAAUCUUCACAUCUUUCAAUGGCUAUGGAAAAUCGGUUAAACAUGUCUCUCGACGAUCUCAUCAAGAUCAACAAAUCUUCUUCCGGCCGUGGCGGCGGCGGCGGCGGCGGUAGAGGCAGAGGUGGAGGCGGUGGUAGAGGUUAUUCCGGCCCCGGACCUUCUCGAAGAUUUAAUAAUCGCGUUGCCAAUCGUUCUACCCCUUAUUCUAUGCCUAUGUCCAAGGCACCUGAUUCUUUUUGGCAGCAUGAUAUGUUUGGUAAUCAAGGUGGUAUUGGUGUUGUUGGUGGUGGUGGUGGAGCGUCUUCAAUUGAGACUGGAACUAAGCUUUAUAUCUCUAAUUUGGAUUACGGUGUUUCUAAUGACGACAUCAAGGAGCUCUUUUCUGAGGUUGGUGACCUGAAACGUUACGCUGUUCAUUACGAUAGGAGUGGGAGAUCGAAGGGAACUGCUGAAGUUGUAUUUUCACGAAGAGGAGAUGGUCUGGCUGCUGUCAAGAGGUAUAAUAACGUAGAACUUGAUGGUAAACCAAUGAAAAUCGAGAUCGUGGGGACAAAUGUUGCGGCUAUGGGAGCUUUACCUCCAGUUUUUAAUGGCCUUGUUAGGAAUCCACCUGGUCCUAGAAGUGGACAAGGAAGAGGUGGUGCAAUGGGACGCAUUCGUGGUGGCCGUGGUUCUGGUUCCGGUUCUGGCAGAGGACGUGGCAGGGGAAGAGGCCGUGAUGAAAAGGCAUCAGUAUCUGUAGAUGACCUGGAUGCCGACUUGGACAAGUAUCACUCAGAAGCAAUGCAGACUAACUAAGCAAAAUAUGGGUUUUCUUUGUCUUCUCUUGGGUCUUAAACCUAUACUCUUGCAACACUGUGUCCUUGAUGGCUGUUUCAACUGUUUUGUUUAAUUCUACCGACAUCUUAUUUUAGGCAAGCAGAUAGAGGCCAGUAGUUGGAUCUUGGUAUCAAAAGCUUGGGCUUUGUACCAGACUUCAUAUGGUUGGGGGUUAAAUACCAAUUAAUGAACAGCUAUUAGUAUGUCAUUAUUCAGAUAUAGAUUAUUUGCACUUUCACUGUUUCAUAUACCUUGCAACGAAGUGGGAUCUUUUUGGCUGUUCGAAUACAAUGUGGAUAGACAGACCCUCGAGAUCAUGGAAGUUUGAUUUUUCUCAUUCAGAGUGUCAGUAUGCGGUUGAUGAAGUUCUGGUUUUUUUAUCUUGGCAUUUGAGCUUGGAUACGAGGUAGGGCCUCUGUUUGCUCAUUUGGCUAUUUUUAAUUGUCUUUUGGUGCUUAAGCUAGUGAUUAUGCAAUUGACUUUUUAACAAGUCUUCUAUUGUUAUGUUAGUUACCUUAUUGUGGAAAUCAAUUUCUUAUUUGCCUGACCUGUUGUCAUGGCAGUAAAAAGGGUUCUUAUUCAGAUUAAAUACCAGAUCUUCCCUGGAGGAUCUUGAUAAAUGCCAGGUUUUUUUAGAUGUUUGAAA